AAAGCCGUUUGCAGCUGAAAGAGACUUAUAGCAGGAAGUCAAAUUUAUUACAAAGUUGUUUUUGGACAUGCAAAAGUAUGUUGAAACUGCUAUUUGUUUUUGUGAAUAUUUAAGAGAGAAAUUCUGUUUUGUGUUUUUUAAGCUUUAUAGGGGUGAAGUGUCUUGUACAAAGUUGCUAAAACCCAGAAGUGUGUAGUAGUAAAACGUUUCUCUCAUAUAGGACUAUUGUUAUCUUACAACAUGGAGUUGAAAUAAAAUGUAAACAUCAAAUUAAUUACAAAGGAAGGGUAAAAAGUACUAGGGGAAAGCUCUUAGGCGAAGCAGAAUCUGAAGACAGAAAAUAACACAAGAACAAGGAAGCUUGAGUCCAUUAAAGUCUCUUUUUACUAUAAAAUGUUUUGGUUGUUUAACCAAAAAUUGUGUUCCAGUAACAUUACUGUCCCUCUUAAAUAUUCCUCACUUAAAAGUGACAUUUACGGUGCAGUUAAACUACUCUUAAAAGGUGCUACGAUUACGGCUCGCUUAAACCACAUAUUUUGUUAAACAGGAGGGUGCAGUUCUCACCUAUCGACGCCAGAUGGCGGUGUUGCAAAGCGAAAUCUGCAGAACGAUUUUUCUGGUCUUUUUCCGCAUUGCUGCCGCAUCACCUGCCAAAAAGCUGUGAACAUGUCCUCGGCUGUCCUCGGUCGCCUGCUCAGGCUGUCAGCUGUCAGAAACGGCCCCCUCUCACCGCCGAGUCCCUCCACCGUGCCGGGGCGGACCGGGACGCCGAGCCGGACGGCCGUGUGCACGUCAAGCGGCGCCCUUCUGCCCAAACCCAAGAAGACCCCCUUCGGCCUUAUCCGGAUCGUUCUGGUAGUGGUUCCCUUCUUGUAUGUGGGGACUCAGAUCAGCAAGAGCUUUGCGGCGCUGCUGGAGGAGCACGACAUAUUCGUCCCGGAGGACGACGACGACGAUGACUGAUCGGAUGAUUGACGUUUUUAUCGCUACCAAGUGUCAGUGAUCACCAACGUAGAGAAAUGCCUUCCUGGAGGUCCUGUUGCCGUCACCCUAAAUCACCUCCGCCUGCACUCGUUUCAGGGAUUUUGCUCCUAUUUCACAUACACGAGACUGCCGCUACACUUUCCUAUCGUACUGUAUUUGCAUGCACUACAAGAGUCUUAAUAAAAAGAAAAAUCUAGCAAAACUCAA